AUGCCAUCGGACCUGGAGCUCGCGGCGACGCGCGUGAACCUGUGCCUGGGCGCCGAGCGCCAGCUCCUCGCGCGCAACGCCCAGAAGCGCCGCCUGCCCGUGACCAUCGUCACCGGCUUCCUGGGCGCGGGCAAGACGUCGCUGCUGCAGCACGUGCUGCAGCACAAGCUCAACCUGCGCGUGGCCUGCGCCGUGAGCGACCUGGCGGCCAUCAACGUGGACGCGCUGCUCGUGGGCGGCCAGCUGACGGCCGGCGGCAACAAGCUCUUCCAGCUGCGGGCCGACCCCAACAGCAGCCUGGCCGCCUUCAAGGACGCCGUGUGGCAGGUGCUCAACGACGACAGCGACGGCGAUGCGGCGCUGGGCAGCGUGGACUACCUCGUGAUGGAGACGAGCGGCACCACGGACCCGACGCAGCUGGUGGCGGCCGUGCAGGAGAAGUUCGGCAAGAUGACGCGCGCGCGGCUGGACUCGGUGGUGACGGUGGUGGACGGAGACGCAGUGGCCCAAGACGCCGCCAAUGGAGUGGGGCCCUGUGCAGUGGCUAUUAGACAGCUCCAGUGUGCCGACGUGGUGCUGCUGAACAAGGUGGACCUCAUGGAUGAGGACAAGCUGCAGGCUGCGAGGCGAGUCGUACAGAAGUACGCGCCCUGUGCGCGCGUGUACGAGACGGAUCAUGGCCAAGUGUACUUGCCGCACGUGCUGGACAUUGCCCCACCCGAGGAUGUGUUUAAUGGCGGAGUGAGCCAUGAGAAGGUCGAAGCGCAAUGGAACACAGGGUUGAGUGCGUUGAACGGCGCGGUGACUCCCGCUCCGAGCCGUUUGCGUGUGGAUAGAGGGUCGGAAGUGGCGGUGAAGCAGGAGGUAAACACGCCGUCGCAGGCAUUUGCCUCUGUGGCGUAUGAACGGACAGCGCCUACAUCGCUGGCAGCAGUUCACGACUGGAUCCAGCAUCAUUUGCCGAAAGGCACGCUGCGUGCUAAGGGGGUUAUGUAUAUUGCUGAGCUGCCGAAAUAUCGCUUCGUGGUACAGCUGAGCGGGAAGCGGCGACUGGAGGUGGAAAAUGCUGGCGCUUGGCAAUCGACGCCCAAGACGCAGUUUGUCGUGAUUGGCCUCAACAACCCCAGCUCAAGUAACGGAGAGCACUUUGACGAGGUCCAAGCUCUCAAAGGUCUAGAGACGUGCCUAUCGAGGUCAGUGCACGAUUUGGAUAGCGGAGUCGAGUCUACCAGUGCCACCUGUCUUGCGAAGUUGGAAGCUGACGAGCGCUUUGAGACUCUGGCCUCGUCCGGCCAAGCUACGACGGUGGUGUUCCGCCUUACGUGCCCCACCUCGACGCUGGACGAGACGAUGCUUCGUCACCACCAUCACGUGGACAUGAACGAGUUGACCAAGCGGCUGGUGCGGGAGGUGAACGCCUCGGGCGGCGGCUCUCUCCUGCUCUACGCUUUAAAUCUGAGUCCCGACGAUGUCGAGGGAGACCAAGUGUACGCCGUUGCCUCUGUCGUUGGUCCGGCGUCUGUUCUGAGCAUGUGGAGCGAGCUCGCCUCUCGCGCUGAGUUGAUCGUCAUCGAGGUGAAGAAGAAGCUCGCUGGCUGCCUCUGCGGGUUUUAG